GGGGAAGAAAAGGGGAAAGAAAAGCGCCUUCUGCCCCUUCCCCCGCCCCCUCGCCGCUGUCUCCCGGGUUCCGCACCCCACCCCCCGCCCUGAAAAACAACGCACAAAAAAAGAACCCAACAAAAAAGAGAGAGAGAAAGGAAGAAAGGAGGCAGCGCCGCUACCAUUUAACUCCCCUUCCACACACGCACGCAGUCCCCUCCUCCCUUGACCGCGUCUCCCACGUCCUCGAGAGGAGCCGGAGGAAAAGGAGGAGGAAAAGGAGAGAGCUUUAUUUUAUUUUAUUUUAAUUGCCGGAGGGAUCAAGUCGGUGCAAACUCAGCUCUCCUAUAGGAAGGAUUGCUCCCCCCCUUGUUCUUCCCUCCCACCUAAAUCUCCUUUAAGACCUUGCAAGGAAGACUUGGAGGAACAGAGCGGAUCCGGAGUUACUCGUGGACAUUUAACCGGAGCGAGGGAGAGGAAGCCCAGUCCUCUCCAGCCCUUGCGUGUGUGAGUGCGUGUGUGCAGCAGGACGGGGGGCUGCUCCUUCCUUUGUCUGGUCGGCGAAUGGACCAGCAGCCCAGCGCCAGGAGCUGCAGCCGGGGAGCGGCCGCCUGCGAGGUGCUGCAGAACGAGCCCUCCAUGAACCUCUACAUCAACACCACCACGGGCACCCGCUAUGAGCUCUCCGUCCCCGCGGAGGAGACGGUGGAAGGGCUGAAGAGGAGGCUCUCGCAGCGGCUCAAAGUGCCUAAGGAGAGGCUGGCUCUCUUGCACAAAGAAAGUCGUCUCAGUUCUGGAAAGCUGCAGGACCUGGGGGUUGUGGAAGGAAGCAAGCUGACACUGGUGCCCACUGUGGAGGCUGGCUUGAUGUCCCAGGCGUCCAGGCCAGAACAGUCGGUGAUGCAAGCUCUGGAAAGCUUAACUGAAACUCAGGUCAACGACUUCUUGUCGGGACGGUCCCCGCUGACCCUGGCGCUGCGGGUCGGCGACCACAUGAUGUUCGUGCAGCUGCAGCUGGCAGCUCAGCAGAGCAGCGGGCAGCUCCAGCACCGGCACGUCAUCGCCAGCCGGGGCGAGGCGGGCGCCGCGGCCAGUCCCCACUGCCGGACGCUGCACGGUGGCGCCGGCUCCGGCUUUGCCCGCAUCCCCGUGGUGCCCGCCUGCCAGCAGAGCCCGGCGCCCAGCCCCACGCCAGCCGCCCCCGUGUACUGUAACGCCCCCCACCCCGCUCCCGUCACCGCCGGGAUGUUCCGGUCGCACGGGGCCAGCACGCAAACGGUGAACAGCAGCGUCGUCUCCUCCUGCUCAGAGGUGGAUUGCAGCACGCGCAGCAGCAGCUCGCCAGGCAGCAGUCCCGCCCCGACGCCGCGAUCCCGCAAGCCCGGCGCCGUCAUCGAGAGCUUCGUCAACCACGCGCCUGGGGUUUUCUCAGGGACCUUCUCCGGCACUUUGCACCCCAACUGCCAGGACAGCAGCGGGCGGCCGCGGCGGGACAUCGGCACCAUCCUGCAGAUCCUGAACGACCUCCUCAGCGCCACGCGACACUACCAGGGCAUGCCCCAGUCCCUGACGCAGCUCCGCUGCCAGACGCAGUUCUCCUCCUCCUCGGCUCCCUCCUCCCCGGACCUCGCCACCAAAACUACCUCAGAGACCCUGCCGGCGGCCGCAGCCUCGCCGCCCCUGCACUCCGUCGUCCAGUGCCAAAGCCAGAUCCGGAUGUGCAAGCCCAGCGGGGACCGGCUGCGGCAGACGGAGAACCGGGCGACGCGCUGCAAGGUGGAGCGCCUGCAGCUGCUGAUGCAGCAGAAGCGGCUGCGCCGGAAGGCGCGCCGGGACGCCCGGGCCCCCUACCACUGGCUGCCCAACCGCAAGUCCAGCCGCACCAACAGCAACAGCAGCGUGUCGAGCGAGGGCAGCCUGGACCUGGACUUCGAGGACUCGGUGUGGAAGCCGGAGGUCAAGGCGGACAUGAAAUCCGAGUUCGUCGUAGCAUAGAGCUGCGCCCGGGCGGCGCCGCCCGGGGCCGCGGACUCUGCCGGCGGGGCCCCGCGCUCGCCGCCCCGGCCGCUGCUCUGACCGUUGCUGUUUCCACGGGCCAGAUCUCCUCUAGGUUUGCCACCUCCUGCGGUCCCGGCGCCGGCGAGUGCCUCCCGCCCUCCGCUGCCGCCGGCCGGCACGGCGGCGCCCGGCACGGCGGGGUCCGAGCUGCUUUUUGGGCUGCGAAGCCGGGGCGGCGCCGGCGGGGGCCCGGGCCGGCCCUGCCCUGCCCGGGGGCUCCCGGCGCUCGGGCCCUCCCUUUUCCUCCCCUUCUAUAUGUAGCAUUGCUGGCGGCGGCGCCGCGGCCCGGCCCCGCGUGCACUUUACGGGGCCGCGCCGGGGCCCCGCGGCCGCGGCCGGAGCGGCCUGGGGCUCCGGGGGGGGGUGGGUAUUUUUAUUUUUGUUCCUGGAGGGAAAAGAAAGGGCGUCUUCCCUCCGCGGUAGAGACCAACUUUCGGAAUUGCUGAGUUCUUUCCCGCCCGCCGGUUGGUUGGUUGGAGUUUUUCUUUGUUUUGUUUUUUUUAACUUAAAAAAGAGGAAAAAAAAGAUUAAAAAAAUAAUGAAUAAAUAAACCCAGUACUUGGUCAUGGCUGUCUGCAAGCCGUGGGGCUAAUAUUUAUAGACGUUAAUUACCCGACUGAGCCAAUACUGACAUAGUCUUGCAUAGGCCGUAGAAAUCCUUUUUCUUGUCCGACUUUGAUUUUUUCGUCAGGAGAUCUGUGCAAAUAGAAAACCCAUGUGAUGUGUUUUUUGUCUGUAAAA